AGCACACUUUCUUUUCUUGCUCUCUCCCUCCCUCUCUCUCUCUCUCUCUCUCUCUCAUCUUUCUCGCUCUAGUUCCUUUCUUCUUCCUCGCUCUCUUAUCUUCCUGUGCGCCGCUUCCAUUUCUAGGGUUUUUUCAUCUGUUCUCUUCUGUCUCUUUAGUUUUCUCUCACUCUUCUUUCGCUUUUGGGCCUGGAUUUAGAGUGGCUGAACCCUAAUAACGUUCAUUCCAGGGUCUUGGCUUGCGGCUUGCGGGCCAAGACGCAACGUAUGCGGAUUAGACUCAUUGGGGCACCAUGGCAUCUGGUGAAGGUUUUCUCACUAAAGACCAGCGAGAACAGUUAAAAUUGGCAUCAGAAAACACUGAACUGUUGGCAUCCUCUCCAAAGUCUCCGAAAUCUUUGCUUCCUGAUCAUCAGAUUAGAGUCAUCAUUGGUUCCAAGGCACCCGCUGUCGGUUUUGCUGUAAGGCAUGUGCGUCGUUCUCAUUCAGGAAAACUUAUACGUGUAAAGAAGGACGGUGCUGGGGGAAAAGGAACCUGGGGCAAAUUACUGGACACUGAUGCUGAUUCUCGUCUGGAUCGCAACGAUCCAAACUAUGAUAGUGGGGAGGAACCUUACCAGUUAGUGGGUGCCCCAGUCUCUACCCCCUUCGACGACUACAAGAAGGUGGUGGUUGUCAUAAUCGAGGAGUACUUCAGCACUUGUGACGUUGAGACUGCCGCCUCCGACCUCCGCGAGCUUGCUGCCAGUGAUUACCACCACUACUUUGUGAAGAGGCUCGUCUCUAUGGCCAUGGACCGCCAUGACAGGGAGAAGGAGAUGGCCUCUGUCCUCCUCUCUGCACUUUACGCCGAUGUCAUAAGCCCUGAGCAAAUCCGCCAAGGCUUUGCCCUCCUCCUUGAUUCCGCCGAUGACCUUGCCGUUGACAUCCCUGAUGCAGUUGACCUCCUUGCCCUCUUUGUUGCGCGCGCUGUUGUCGAUGACAUCGUACCCCCUGCAUUCUUAACAAGAGCAAAGAAAACCCUUCCUGAGGCCUCAAAGGGCCUCGAAGCUGUGCAAGCAGCUGAGAAGAGUUACUUAUCCGCACCCCACCAUGCUGAAUUUGUUGAGAGGAAGUGGGGUGGGACAACUCAUAUCACGGUUGAGGAAGCCAAGAAGAAGAUUGGGGAUAUACUUAGUGAGUAUGUAGAGAGUGGGGAUACAGGGGAGGCAUGUCGCUGCAUUCGAGAGUUGGGGUUACCUUUUUUCCAUCAUGAGGUGGUGAAGAGGGCUUUGGUGGUUGCCAUGGAGAAGCCAGCAUCUAGAGGGCUUAUAUUGAGCCUCUUGAGGGAGGCGGCAGAGGAAGGGCUCAUUAGCUCGAGCCAAAUGUCAAAGGGUUUUGGAAGGCUAGCUGAGAGUCUCGACGAUCUCUCACUUGAUGUACCCACGGCUAGGGAUGCAUUCCGCUCUCUUGCCCCAAAGGCGGUGUCUGAGGGGUGGCUUGACCCCUCGUUUCCAAAGGCCUCGACAAUGGCUGGAGAGCUUGAGGAGGAUGAAGAGCUUAGACGUUUUAAGGAAGAGGUGGUUGCGAUUAUACACGAAUACUUCCUCUCUGACGAUAUACCUGAGCUCAUUCGUAGCCUUGAGGACCUUAAUGCUCCUAAAUACAACCCUGUCUUCCUCAAGAAGCUUAUAACUCUUGCGAUGGAUCGUAAGAAUCAUGAAAAAGAGAUGGCCUCAGUUUUGCUUUCUGCCCUCUAUACCGAUGUCUUCUCAGCCGAGGACAUAGUGAAUGGCUUUGUGAUGCUACUCGAGUCAGCAGAUGACAUCUCCAUCGAUAUAUUGGAUGCCUCGAAUGAGUUGGCAAUGUUUUUAGCGAGGGCUGUGAUAGACGACACCUUGGUUCCACUAAAUUUGGAGGAGAUUGCAUCAAAGCUUCCGCCAAAUUGUAGCGGGGCUGAGACUGUCCACAUGGCGAAGUCCCUUUUGUCAGCAAGGCAUGCAGGGGAGAGGAUCUUGAGAUGCUGGGGGGGUGGCACGGGUUGGGCAGUAGAGGAUGCCAAGGAUAAAAUAACAAAGCUUUUGGAGGAGUUUGAGAGUGGGGGGGAUGUUGGUGAGGCGUGUCAAUGCAUAAGGGAACUUGGCAUGCCUUUCUUUAACCACGAGGUUGUGAAGAAGGCAUUGGUUAUGGCUAUGGAGAAAAAGAAUGAUCGGAUGCUUGAUCUUUUGCAAGAGUGCUUUGGAGAAGGGCUCAUUACCAUUAACCAGAUGACAAAGGGGUAUGGCAGGGUGGCUGAUUCGCUUGAUGACCUAGCCCUAGACAUACCUGAUGCAAGGGAGAAGUUCAAGGUCUAUUAUGAGCAUGCACGGCAGAGCGCGUGGAUUGGAGCUUCUCUGUCCCAUGGUAAUUCGAACGUGGAUCCACUAAAGCAGUUUAACUAACUACUGUUUUUGCUCUCUUUCUCUUGCAUUUUUUUUUUUCUUUUUUGUAAUCUUUGUCUUUCUUUCUUUUGAUCCGUAGGCGCGUGUAAAAUUGGUUUUUUCCUCUUUGGCAGAACGUUAGUAUAUGAUAUAGCAGGAUGUUUUAGGGUAGGAAUGGUUAUAGUAGGAUGUUUGAGGGUAGGAAGGGUUAUAUGGGAGGAAUAUGUUCUGAUUCUACUGGUUUACAAAUUUAAUUUUCACUAUUUUGUCUUGACUAA